AUGAAUAACGUAUUCGAUCCAAACUUGUAAAUUUAUAAGGAUAGCUAAAAUAAUUGCCCUGUUUCUAAUAUUUUGAAAUCAUAACCACAAAACUCAUAAUUUUAUUAACUAAUUGAAACUCAUGAUAAUGUAACAAUAUAAUAAUUUGAAAUUCAAUUAAGAGGGGGAGGCUGUGGAUAAGCUAAACCAAUUUCAAAAGUUGAAGAAAAGUUAAUUAUUGGUGUACCCAAUGAUUUAUUGGUUAAACUUGAAAAUUAUGUUAGCAUUAUCAAUAAUAAAGCUUCACUUUUAAUUGAUCCUUAACAAAGAAAUGAAGUAAUAAUUGCAUUUUAAUGGUUUAUGUAUAAUAGAGAACAUUUAAAUACUUGUUGCGUUAACCAAAAUUUAACUUAAUCAAUAUAUACAAAAUCUUUGAAUUCUUUUAGGGAAUUGCUAAAAAUUCUUCCCAUUUAUUUAAGAUCUUCAUGGUUUUUAUGUUAUUAAGUUCUUUAAAUUUGUAAUGAUUUUUUGAGAAUUAUAUAUUCAUUUUAAAUACAGAAUGAGGAUCGAAAAAUGGAAUUAACUAUGCAAUAAGAAUUAUUACAAGAUGUAGAAGAAUUUAAAGGGUAAUUGAGUAUUGAAUAAGCAAAUGUAUGGAAUACAGGAAUAGAAUAUGAAAUAACUCUUAUGAAAAUAAUGUUGAUGAAUUGUCCAAACCAAUUCAGAAGAAGGAAAAAAUUUAUUAAUAAAUAUUCUUUGGCAAUGUCACCUACUGAAGACUUAAUCCCAAGUCUUAUUGAAGGAGCUAAAUUUUUAUUUUUACAAUAUAAAGACAAAGUAUUAUAUCCUGAAGAGGUAUAUGCUACUUAUUAUUUAUUCCAAACUCUUAAAUGGUCUAUCGUGAGGCAAUUAAAAUCUUAGUACUCAGUCUAUAAUUAAUUGAAAUAACUAAAAGAUGCAUUUUAAUAAUAUAUUCUAAAUUCAGAUAAUUGGAUCAUUCAUUUUAGUUGGAUAUCAAUGAUAAUGGAUAUUUUAGCAUAUAGACCCAUUCUCGAUAAAUUUGAAAUUGUUAAAGGUUCUCCAAUAGAAUAAUAAUCAAUGUGGAAUAAUUUAAUUGAAAAUAACUUAAUUCUUAGUCUUCCAUAGAAUAGAAAUUAAGGGUCUGCAGUGUUAUUUCAAAAUCAAGUAAAAUAUUUUAGCAAAGAAAUAAACAACUUAAUGGAAAAAUAGAGUAUUCCCAAGUUUAAAUUAAUAUCAGAUUCUCUAUUAAAAGGUUAAUUUUCUCAGUAAAUUAACCUUUGGAAUUUCUAUAAAGAUUUUAGCUUUAAAAAUAAGCAAGAAAUUACUAUAAAGGAUUAUGAAAUAGUUUUACAAAAUAAUGAUGUAUUAUUUAUAGAAAAGUAAAUUGAAAGAUUUAAUUCUUAGUUAGAUGAAUUAGUUCUUCUUUACUAAUAAAUGAAAGAUUCAUUUACAGAUUAUUUUACUUAAUAGGAUAAUACAUAGCUUUAAAUCAAAUUACUCUAAGAUGGUUAUAUUGUUUUUAGAAAAUAAAUUUUAGAUGGAUAUAAAUAGGCCUUAUAUUAUCUCAUUUUUGUCAUGGAAAGAUCUACUAUUGAAUUUGAAAAAUUAAAGUUGCUUUUACCUUACUUUGAUAAAUUUAAGAUUGAUGUUUAAGAAAAACUAAAGUAUAUAUUUUAGAGUAUUGAAGAAUUUAUUAAGGUCAAAUUUUAAGCCUUCUUGGAAGAUUUUGUUUCAAAUUUUCUAAAAGUGGUAGAGUAUUUGAGUUAUCUAUCUGAAAUUAGUUUAAAUCCAAUAUCAAAAAAGUAAGUUUUAGAUGACGAAAAUUCAAAAUUUUAGAUUCAAAAUCACCUGAAUUCUUAAUAAAAUUCCGAAAUAUCAUUAAUAUUAUAAUAGUGCAUAAUAAAUAUAAAAGAAUUUUAACAAAAAUUUUGUUUCUCAGCAUCAAGUAUUAAAACACAUGAUUACAAUAUUAAAAUUCCUCCUUUAUAAAUAUAAGCUAUGUCAAAUACUAUAUGUUCAGGUUAAUGGAUUAAAAUACUAAGGUAAUAAUUAGUUACUAAUUUUUCGGAUAGAUUUGAUUUGGGUCAAAGUUAAGUAGCAAAUAAAGAUGAUAUUGAAAAAAUUUAUAGAAACUGUACUUUUAGUCUCUCUAUGUUAAAACUAAUGAAACAAUUUUGCUAAAUCCACUAAUACAAAAUAAAUACAUUUGACUAAAACCUAGAAGAGGAAAAACGUUUAGCCAUUCAAGAGUAAUAAAAGAUUUAUUAAGAAUUUAAAUUAAUUUUAAUCAAGUAAUUAACAUAAUAAAAGGAAAAAUUAGAAUAUAUUUUGAAAUCAAAAGACCUGGAUAAAGGAAGUAAUAAUAUUAAAGAUAAAAAAAAAUAACUCCUUUAAUAAAUAAAAACAGAUUAUUAGAUGAUCCAAAAUGAAUAAGAAAAUAUUAUAAGCUAAUAAACCAAAACGAUCAAAUCAUAAGUUAUUAAAUUCAUGCAAGAAGCUCAGUUUAUCGUUUUAUAAAAUUAAAAUGAAUAUUAUGAUUUUGAGGCUUUAAACAGUUAAAUGGAAAAAUAUGAUAAUAUUUUAAGAGAAAUUCAAAAUAAUUAAGGAGUAUUUAAUAAUAUUCUAGCAGAUGAAAAAAAAUCAACUUUAUAACAUUGGAUCAGAAGGAAUAAGCACUUAGAUUUCUGCCAUUUUUGUGUUGAUAAAAUUUUGAAAAUGAUAAAGAAUACUAAUAAAUUACUAAAAUUAUUAGAACAAUUGUCAAUAUUAAUAAUAAAUUAGCUUUAAUUAUCUAAUAAUGAAGAAAUUUAAGUUCAUCUCAAUACCUUUAAUAUGUAAAUGUAACAAGUAGAAUCCAAAUUUUAAAUUAAAACUUCAAUUACUAAUUUUAUUGAUAGUUUAAAGGAAAAAAGUUAAUUAUAGAGUUGUAACUGCAUCGUUUAAAGUAAAAAAGACAUAGGUUUGUAAAAAUAGUAAAUUGAAUUAAGGAAUGAUUAAUAAAUUGAAUAAGUUGAAUCAACUUUAUAAGAAACUUUAACUUUCUUUGAAUUAAAAUAAUAAAGUUCGGAUAAAAUACCUCAAAAUUUAGACCUUUUAUACUUAAAUAUAAUCAAUAACCUAUGCGAAUAAGUAAAAAUAAAAAAGUCGAUAUUUGAUGUAUUUGAUUUAAGCAAUGAUUAUAAAAUUAGAGAAUGCUUAGCUUUUAAUUUAAUAAAGCUAUAGUAAGCAAUUAAAGAAGACAAAAUAGUAGAGUUUUCAUCAAAACUGAUUCAAUAUCUUUGGGUUUUUGAAAAAGAUUAAAGAGUCAGAAAUCUAUUGAAAAAUAAGGAAUUAAUUGAAAUGAUAUCAAAUCUACAUCAGAGUAAAUAAAAUAAGAAAUAAAAUUAAGAAUCAACAGCAUAGAAAGCAUUUCAUAAGAAAUAAGACUUGAAGGAAAUUCAUAAAUUAAAGAGCAACUUAAAUAAUAAACUAAAGCUAGCUUAUGAAGAACUUGAACAAUAUAAUGAUAAUAUUACUGAAAUGUCAGAGAAAAUGGAUAUUAGUUUAAUAUUUUUAAAGGAUAUAUCAAAAGAUGUGAAUUUAAAUUAAGUUGGGGAUGAUAUUCGUAAAUUAAGAGGAAAAAGAUAUGAUGAAUUAUUAGAAAUAAGAACAUAAAAGAUAUUAUCAUAAUCUAGAUUAGCAGAAGUAGAUUCUGUAUAUGUUUAAUUGAAAACCAUUGAAUAUGAUCCUGUGACUGGGGAAAUUAUUAAAUCCAAAGAUGGAGUAAUAAUAACCAAUUUAAUGAGUGAAUAAUGGAAUGAUUUCACAGGUGAAGUUAAUGAAUUUAUUUGGGAUGAAUCUAAAUCAAAUGAUGUUAUCGGUAGCUCAGCUAGAAAAAUUGAAGAAUUUCUAUGGAAAUAAAGAGAAAUUAAUUCGAAAUGGAUUCCAAUCUUUGUAUCACUUCCAACUUUAAAAAAUCCAAAAUAUAAUUUAUUUGAAUAAGCAUUAGAAUCUGAUAAUUAUUAAUUUGAUAAAUAUUAACUUAGAGAAUUUAAAGAUGCGAUUUAAAAUAAAAAAGAAUAUAUCAUUUUAAUACUUGAUAGUUAUGAUGAAAUGAAAUAAGAUUGUAUCUAAUAAAAUCUCAUUAUUACAAAUAAGUUAAUUAAUGAUUUGAAUAUUGAUGAAAAUUAAAAAUAAGUCAAGAUAAUCAUCACAACCAGAAGAGAAAUAUUAAACACUUUGGGUUAUUAAACUUGGUUCUAUGGGAAUAGCAUAAGGAGUUUAAAAGAAGUUUAGAUCUAAGAUUUUGAUAAAGGUUAAAAAAGUAAUUAUUUAAUUCAAUAUGCUGAACUUAGUGUUAAGAGAAAAAUAAGAGCAGUUUAUGAUUUCUUGAAAUAGAUUUCAUAAUAAAACUUUAAUUUAGAUGAAUUUUUAAAAAUAUGGUACUAUGUUAAUGUAGAAGUUUAAAACAGGAUUUAAAGUUCAUAUAAAGAAUAAUCAGAAUCAAUCUUUGAAAAUUCCUAGAGGGAAGAUUUAAUCAAGAGAAUUUUAGAGUAUUCUCCAUUUAAUUAUUUAAAAGACGAAUAGAUUAUAGGGCUCAGGAAAGAUUUGUCAUCUUUAUGGAGUGUUUAUAAAUUUGAAAAGGCCAUAGAAAAUGUAGGUAUUUCUGAUUUAUUAUCAACUCCCUUCAUGUUUGAAAUUAUUGUCUAAGUAUUACCUAAUAUGGCAAGGCAAUAGUAAGGUUCUGUGGAUUUAAAAAAUAGAUUUGUUUAGGGUUAUCUCAAUAUUAUCUAAAAAUCUAAUUUCUCUAAAUAUUUAUAAGAGAAUUACAAAAAUAAUUUAGAUCAAAAAGAAAAUAAUUAGGUAAUCAAACCAACUUUUGAUGGAAAAAGCCAAAAAAUGAAAUAUUAUGAGUAACUAAAUAAAUCAGAAUUUUAAGCAAAAGCUACUUAACUUUUAGAUUAAUUGGAAAGCUUAAAGUUUUUUUAAUUUUACUCAAUAACUAGCAUUCUUAAAAUCGAAAAUUAAAACUUACUAGUUGAUAAUUAGUCUUUUAGUAUCUCUAGUCAGGAUAUAGAAUAUGUAGUUUAAGCCUUAAAGAUGAAAAAGUUGACAAUAUUUGAGUUCUAUGAGAGUUUCAUUCAUUUUUAUCAUGAUUAAUAAAUUCAAAAGUUAAGAGAGACAGGUAAAAUUUCAAAUUGGGAAAGCUUUUAAAUAGAUAUUCUAUAAUUUUCAUCUAAUUUAGCAUUAGAAAUGACUAAAAAUUAAUUAUCUUAAAUCACGUAUUAAUAAAAAGGAAAAUUGAAAUUAACAAAUAAUUAUAACUGGUAAUAAAAUGAUGAUGGUUGGCUUGAUGAUUAUUUUAAUGAUUCAUAAUAGGAACUUGAUUAUAAUAAAUUAAUACGAAGUUGUAUUCUCUUAAACGCUAAAGGAAGUAUCUAUUCCUUUACUCACAAAUCUAUUUAAGAAUUUUAUGUUGCUAAAUACAUUAUAGAAUUGCUGCUUUAAUCUGGUUCUUAAUUUUUGAAUGAAGAAAAUUUGGAUUAGAAAUAUAUUACCAGAUUGAUGGAAUCAUUAUAUAAUAAACCUGCAUUAAAUAUUUCAAAGGAUCAUUUUAAAGGAGUAUUAACAUUUAUCAAUGAGAAAUUAAGUAACCAAGAUAACAUUAAACACAUUCUUAUUAAUAUUGUUAAAUUAUCUACAAAUGAGAACUAUAUUUUUGCUGCUUCAAAUAGUAUUUUCUUGUUAUCUUAAUUGGAUGUGUAUUUAGGAUACGAAAAUUUUUCAGAAAUUUAGUUAAUUGAUACAAAUAUCUCAGGUUUAAGUUUUUGUAACGCAGAUCUAAGUAAAUCUAAAUUUACCAAUAUUAAUAUUAAUUCUUGUAAUUUUAAUUAUGCAAAUUUGACAGAUGUUGAAUGGAACAAUGUAAGAUGUAAAGAAAAACCAUUUUUAAAAGAAGAUGAACAAGUUAAAGUUGUCGAAUUUUCUUCAAAUGGUAAAUUAAUUGCAUCAAAUGGAAAAGGAAAUUUAGUAAGUCUUUGGGAUGUGGAAAGUUAUAAAGUCAUUUAACAAUUGGAUGGUCAUCAAGAUACAAUAUUAGCAGUUACCUUUUCACCUGAUAGUAAAACUCUAGCCUCUGCUAGUAAGGAUAAAACAAUAAAAUUAUGGGAUAUUUAGAAUCCAGAAAUAAAGUAGUUGAUUUUUAAUAUAGACUAUCAUGAUUAUCAAGUUACAGCAAUCAAAUUCACUUCAGAUGGAAAAAAAAUAGCUUCAGUCGAUAGUUCAGGAAUCUUUGUAAUUUGCAAUUUUGAAAGCAUCUCAGAAAAACCAGAUGAUAUAAUAUUUUAGUGUCAAUAGGAAAUCUUGGUUUACACCUUUACUUCUGAUGAUUAAUUGAUCGCCUUAGGAUUAGACGACUCUAGCAUAAAACUAAUUCAUCCAAAAAGAAGGGCUGAAAGGAUUUUAAUAGGUCAUACUGGAAAGAUUCAGGCAUUAGCUUUUAGUAAGGCAGGAAAUAGAUUAGUAUCUGCAUGUACAAAUUUACUAUUAUUAUGGGAUUUGAAAGAUAAAUGUAAAUGCUAAGUUUUAUCGUUUAAAGAAUAUUAAAUCUAAUAUUUGACACUACCCAAUGAAAGAGAAUUAGUCAUUGGAACAGAAAACUAUUUAGCCUAUGGAGAAUUUUAGUAUGAUGAUUCUGCCUAUCUUGCUAAUAUAUAGUAUUCCUAUCAUGUUUACUUAUUCCCUAAUUCUAAUUUUGCUGUUAUUGUUUAAGAUUAAACACUAUUAAUAUUAGAUCUUAAUACUUAAGCUAUUAUUAAUAGUAUAUAUUUUGAUUAAGAAAUAACCUAAAUUGAUAUUACUAGUAAUGAAUAGAGAUUAAUAAUAAAAGGAAAAAAAGUAAGAUAUUGGGAUUUGAACACUUUCCAGGAAGUAAUUCUUAGUAAUAGAUAAAAAAAUUCAUUUUAUAAUUAGGAUUUAAUAUUUGAACAAUGUUAAAAUGAAAUUAUUAUUUAUGAUGAUAAAAAUUAGUAUUUCAAUCAAUCGGAAGAAUAAGAUUAUUUCAAUAAUAUCUAAAUAACACAAUUUUCACUCUAAGCUAAUUAUUAAAUAAUGGCCAUGAUAAGUAGCUAAUCCAAAUAAAUAUCUUUAUAUGAUUUUAAAGAAAAAAAACUGAUAGAUAAAUAAAUUGAAAAUUAAAAAAAAAUUUCUGCUCUGGCUUUUUCUCCUUGCAAGCCUAUAUUAUCUACAAUAUUUGAAGAUGGAAGCCUAUCUUUUUGGAAUAUUAGCAUAGCUCCUUAUUAGUGUUAGAAAUUCAAUGAAAUAGAUGAUGGCGUUCAAAUAGAAUAAAUCAACUAUUCUCCUGAUGGAUCUUUAUUAAUUAUUUAGACUAAUGAUUAAAAAAUAAGGAUUUUAGAUGAAAAUAAUAAUGGAUCGGAAAUAAAGAUAUUAGAUUAAUAUAAGCCGUCAAGAGGAACUAUUUUAAUAUCGUAUGAUAAUAAUACCUUAGCUAUUAAUCAAAGACAAAGUUAGGAUUAAAUAAUUUUAUGGAACAUAAGCAAGAAUGAAGAAAGAGUUUUGGAAAUUGAGGAUUAAAAUUACAGCUCUCUAGUAUUUCAAUUUUGCCCAGAUGGAAUAUCUUUAGUAUGUUUAAGCGAUAAAAACAUAAUAUUUUGGAAUUAAACAUCAGGAGAGAUAAUUGUUAAUAAUAAACUUCCUUUGGAUUCAGCAUAUAAUAGUAUUAGUUUCUCUAAGAAUGGUAAUUUAUUUGUGACUGGUGGGAAUUACAUUAGGGUUUGGAGAUAUUUUGAGAAUAAAAUUGAGAUGAUUAAUGCUUAUAAACCUUAAAGUGUAAUCAGCAAAUUAUUGUUAAUUGAUAAUGAUCAAAAUCUUAUAUAUCUUAUGGAGAGAAAAUUAAAAAUAACUCCUCUCUCAAAAUGCACUUUAAAGGGAAUAAUUCCUACCUCUAAAAAAGUUGUUUAAUUUUUAACAAAUGGAUAGAUUGUUACUAAUGAUUAAUCUGAUGGUAUAUCAAUUGUUGACUGGAAAUAGUAGAAAUCAAUAUCUAAUAUCAAGUAUAAACUUAAUCAUGUACAGUUCUUUCAAGAUGGUUAGCAUUGUAUAAUUUCAGUUAAUAUGAAUAUUUCUAAGCAGCAUAUUUAUUCGAAGGAGGAAAUCUUUAGUUUUACUAUUUGCGAAGAAAGUUAUUCUCUAAAGCUCACCAAAAACGAUUAGGUUCUAAUUUUAUAAUGUGAAAAUACCAUAAGACUAUUUAAUAUCUAAGACCCCUAAAAUAUAUAUGAGAUUUAAACUUAUACAAAUUAGUCUUUAGAAUAAUUUUCUUGGACAUGUAACAAUGAUUAUAUAAGUUACAUAUCGAAUUCUGAUUUUGUCAUUCGAGAAAUAAAAACCCAAUAAAAAAUUAAGUGUUUGUUUCCAAAAAGUAAAAUACUUCAAGUAAACUCUUUUGAAUGCAAUAAUAAAAUAUUUAUCCGAAAUAAGGAGGGUUCAGGUAUCUUUGAUCUAAUAUCUUCAAAAUUUGAAUAUUUUUAUGAAUUAUUUAGAUAAUCUGCAAUUUCUUCUGAUGGAUAGUUAAUAGCUUGUAAUUAUUAAUAGGCUAGUAAUGGGUACUAAUAAAGUUACUGCUUUAAAUUUUAUGACAUUCAAAAUAAAAAAGACUUGACAGUAAUUAAUGAUAGUAAAAUAUUCCCAAUCAAAUUUUCUAAGAGUGGCAAUUUAUUGCAUUACUAUAAAGAGCAUAACUAAGCAAUAGUAGGUUCUCUUGAUGAAAAUAAAUAACUAAAACUUCUCUGUUCUUUCCAAUGUGGAUCUGAUGUAGAUGAAGUGUCUGUAACUCCUGCUUUUGGUUUUAUAUUUAUUAAGUAAUCAAAGAGACUCAAAUUAAUAAAUUUGAAUUGGAUGUCAUAAGCCUAAAUAAUAAGCAUAAGUUAAAAAAUACAAUAUUUUGUAAAUUAAAAUUCUUUUGCAACAUCUUUUGAUAACUUAUCAAUCAUUAUUGGAGAAUCUUCAUAACUAAGGACACAUAGGCUGGAUUUAAAUGUUGAUAAUAAUGUUUCCCGAAAAGUUUCUGGAACAAUAAAUAGUUUAGAAUAAAUUGAUUCUAAUACUAUUAGUGUUGGUAGUUAUACAUAGAUAUAUUUGAUUAAACUUAAUAAAUCUGAAGAUACUCUACUAGGAGAACAUGAUAGAGAUGUUACAUGCCUCAGCUACUCAUAGAAAAUGAGAUUACUAGCAUCUGGUAGCAUUGAUUAAAAGAUUUUUUUGUGGGAUGUGAACGCUAAAAAGAAAAUAGCAGUAUUUGAAGGUCAUACAGAUUUUGUUAACUAAUUAUCUUUUUCAUCUGAUGGAUAAUGUUUGGCCUCUGCAAGUAAUGACAAAUAUAUUAAAUUAUGGAAUAUAGAAUUAAGUGAAUAAUCAAAUAUUUCAAAAGGGCAUUAAAAAUGUGUAAACUAAGUUGCCUUCUCAAAGGAUGGUCUUAUUAUUGCAUCAUGUAGUAAAGAUCACUCAAUUAUUUUAUGGGAUUUAUUAGAAAAAAAUUUUAUAAUUAAGUUAGAAGAUCAUACUUAAGAGGUACUAUGUAUAGAAUUCUCUUUUUGUUCUAAGUGGUUAGCAUCAGUAUGUAAUGAUGGAUUACUAUAUUUUUGGGAUGUUAAAUUUCCAUAGGAGACAACUUUAUACUUUAAAAUAAAUGAGUUGUAUUUAUAUCCAAAUAUCUUAUGUUUUUCUCCAUCAGGAUGCUUUGCUACACUUUCAAAUGAUAGAGGUAUAUUUAAUAAUAGUAGAAUGCAAACAAUUACUAAAAUUUAAGUUUGGAGUUUGGAUAAAAUAGAUAAAAAAGAUAAAAAAUUUAAAAUCUCUAAAUAUAUGAGCAAUCCCAUUUGUAUUUCAGAUGAAGAUGACAUUUUAUUUUAAGGUUAUGAUAAUCAGGUUAGGGUUCAUAAUUUAUCAACUGAUUUAACUGAAAAUCUUGAAGGACAUUAAUCAGAAGUUGUAAUUAUUAGAUCAUGGGAUUAUGGUCGAUAAUUAUUAACAAUAGAUACUAAUAAUAUUAUGAUUAUUUGGUAGAAAAUAAACAAUAGUUGGAAAAAGUAAUCAUAAAUUUUAUUAGAACCAACAAUCGUUUAAAUUGAUAUAAUUAAAUUUGAUUACCAAGAUUACUUGGUUUCAAUAAAUAGUGAUGCUAUUAUCAUAUCAAAUCUCAAUUAAAUGUAAAAGUAAUUGCCCUUUGUUGAUAUAGAUAUCUAAUUCUAGAGUAGUUAUUUAUCAAACAGCUAAAAGUAAUUUAUAUUAAUUGGUUAAGAUUAAAUAACAUUAAUAGACAGCAUUUCUGGAGAAAUAAAAUCUGAAAUCAAGAAUCUUAACAAUUCUGAACAGUCUAUUAUAUCAUAUGAUGAUCGAUAUUUAGCAAUUUAUUAAAGAUAAAGAUCUAUGAUCAUUAUUGUUGAUAUUUCUAAAAAAUAAGAUGAUAUGAAUUUAGAUUUUGAAGAAGCUCUUAAGUUUUUUGAAUUUAGCAGAGAUGAUUCAAACAUUCUCUAUACAGCUUCAGAAAGUUGUGUGAUAUUAAAGUGGGACAUAAAAAAUAAAUAAAAAGAAAUUGUUACUAAAUUAGAAUUUUAAUAUUUAGAUUACUUUUUAAAGUUUUCUAAGCCAUGCAAUUUUAUAGUUUAUUCUCUUAAUAAUACCUAGCUUUUCUUAGUCAAUCUCAAUGAUUAAUAAAAGUAUUAAAUAGAUAUUCAAAAUUUGAACGGCAUUGCAGCAUUUUCUUAAAAUGAAAUUGUAGUAGCUUUGGCUACCAGAAAUUGCAAAAUUUAUUUAUGGAAUUAUGAGAAAUCAAUUAUUAAAGAAAUUACUUUGAUUCAAAAACAAUCAAUUCACGAUUUAUAAUUUAUAAAUUAUGACACUGAACUGGUUUGUUGUUAAAAAGAAACAAUUUGUAUUUUUUCUGUUUAGGAAGAUUUUUCAUUAAAACUAAAAAAUAUUUGGUAGAUAGAGAAUUGUGAUAGAUAUACUUUCUGUCCCAUGCAUUUAUCAGUUUUUUUUUAUAGUUAUCAUGGAAUUAAAAGGAUCCGCUCUUUGAAUUCUGGAUAAAGUAAGAUUUUAUAAGAUGAACAAUAGCAGCCUUUACAAUUUUACUCAACUUAUGAUGGAGACUAUAUUGUAUAAUUAAAUUAAUAAGGCUUUAUCAUAUGGGACUUAAAAAACUAAAAGUAACUGUUAAAUACUGACAUAUGGUCUGGAACUAAUGCUAUGCUUAUUGAAUUAAAGAUAUUGGUAAUAGCAAAUUAGCAUAAAAUCAAUAUUUUAGACAUUAAAGAAAUACUUAAUAUUAAAUUACUUUCAUCAAUUUAUUUUGAAAAACCUAUAAGAAGUCUCUCAUUUGCAUAAAAAUAGGCAUAUUUUGUUUGUGGAUUUGAUAAAAAAAUAAAAGUAUGGAAACUUUUAAAUGAUGGAUAAUGUUAAUAAGUAGCUGUUUAUGAUAUAUAAUAUAUUAAAUAAUCAAAUCCUGUUAUUUCAGCAAAUGGGAAUUUUAUAGUUUACAAUUAAGAAGAUUCAUAAAAUUUAAUUAGGAUCAAAUAAUUAUAUACUGAAGAGUUAAUCAAUGAUUAAAUAAAUGAACUUUAAUAUUCAUCAGAUUUCUAAAAUUUGAUGACAAUAAUAGAUGGACGUCCUUAAUUGUUUACUUCAACUUUAGAAAAUAUAAAAUGUAAAUUAGAUAGCAUAAUGACAGCUAGCGAAGCACUAUCAAUAAGUUCAUCAUCCAUCAAUUCAAUAUUUGCCAUUUCAUACAGAUAUUACAUAUUAAUUGUUAAAAUUAUAGAUAAAACUAAAUUAACUAUGAUUAGAAAAAUUGAAUGUGAAGAUUAGUGUUUUUCUUCAGUCAUAAAUCCCUUAGGAACUCUAUUAAUUGCUGGCAAUUAAUUUAGAUCAAUAUAUCUAUGGGAUUUAGCAAGUUCUGACCAUUUAGAUAAAAUUAAACCAAUUUUGAAAAUAGAAAAUUAAAAUAAUUAAUUGAACAGUUUUACUUUCAGUCCUAAUGGAACCGAUUUUGCAGCAGCAAUUUAUGAUGGAUCUAUAAAUUUAUAUUCUGUUGAAUAAAUUAAGAAUGAUUAAAACAUCAAAUAAAACGAUGAAAAUUAAGAAUAGACUUAAAUUUAAGUAGCUGAAACUAUUAAAAAAGAAUUCAGACUAAUUUGUUAUAAAUCGUUUUCCAGAUAAUCUUUAUUAUUAGCCAAUUAAUGCAUAGUAAAGGAUUCAAAAAUCACCUAAAAUGACAAAUCAAUCAUUUAACUAUUCAGAUAAAAAGGAGCAAGAGAAUGA